AUGUUAUACAGUUAAAAAAACGACUAUGAUAUUCAUGCUAUCACAAUGAGUAUUGUGGUUUUACCUUCAAUCAAAGCAGAGUUAUUAAUGAUAUUUUCAAGAAAUAUUCCUCCUCUUAAAGGGAACCAAAGGCUAUAAAGAUUUCUUAAUAUUAUUGGAUAUACAUUUUUGAGCUUGAUGAUUUUUCAAAUUUUAGGAAGGAUUAUAAUUAAGUUUUGUAUUCAAUCAGUGAAUGAACAAAUCUAAAAAUUACAUCCCUAUCAAUAUUUAUUUGGGAUAAAAAAUUUAUCUUCUUGGAAAAAUCUAAGUAGGAUUUGGAUAUUAUAUGACUUAUCUUAGAAAGAAAUUGGGAAAGGUGAUAUUAAUACUUUUUGGUGUGUAAAUAAUGGUAAUUUUUAUCUCCAUAUUAAGAAUUUGCCUUAAAAAAUCUUUCUCACUUCUCAAUAUUUAUUAUAAUGA